AUGGGGACUGUAGCUGGAACUCUAGAUGCACUUGCUGGUGUCAGAACCUGCGCGGUGCUCGUCCCGGUCCGACGCCUCCCCCCACUCGCCUGCUCCUUCCCGCACUCCUCGCAGCGCCACGCGAACCUGCUGCCUCUUUGUCUCUCACGAAUACUGAACGGCCCCUGUUGGGCGCCGGAUGCAGCGGUGGCUUGCUCCAGAGUCUCACUCCCGCCGCAGCCAGCGGAGCCCAGGAGUGGGGCAGGAACGGCAGCGUCUCAGGCUGUGCAGACAGAUGGUACUCAACCAUUAAGCAAAACAUGGGAACUCGGUUUAUAUGAAUUACAGCGAAAACCUCAGAGAUUGCUUGAGGCAAUAACGGAUGGUCUGGAAAUUGUGGUUUCACCUCCAAGUCUACACAGUGAAUUAAUGUGCCCAAUUUGUUUGGAUAUGUUGAAGAACACUAUGACUACAAAGGAGCGUUUACAUCGUUUUUGUGCAGACUGUGUUAUCACAGCCCUCAGAAGUGGCAUUACCUGUCAGAAAAAGCUAGUUUCCAAAAGAUCACUAAGGCCAGACCCAAACUUUGAUAUACUCAUCAGCAAGAUUUAUCCAGAUUGUGAUGAAUAUGAAGCUCAUGAUAGCGUAUUAGCCAGAAUCAACAAGCACAAUAAUCAGCAAGCACUCAGUCACAGUAUUGAGGAAGGACUGACGAUAUGGGCCAUGAACAGACUACAGAGAGGCAAGAAACAACAAAUUGAAAAUGGUAGCGAAGCAGAAGAUAAUGGUGACAGUUCUAACUGUAGCAAUGCAUCUAUACAUAGCAAUCAGGAAGCAGGACCUAGUAACAAAUGGACCAAAACAUCUGAUGAUUCUGGACUUGAGCUUGAUAAUAACAAUGCAAUGGUGUCAACUGAUCCAGUAAUGGACAGUGCUAGUGAAAUUGAAUUAGUAUUCAGGCACAUAAGUAUUCCCACACUUACGGAAAAAGAUGACAGUGCACAGACAAGAUACAUAAAGACUUCAGGCAGUGCAACUGUUGAUCACUUAUCCAAAUAUCUGGCUGUGAGGUUAGCUUUAGCAGAACAUCGCAGCAAAGGAGAAUCAAACCAGAUGAACCUCGAUACAGCCAGUGGGAAGCAGUAUAGUAUUUACACAGCAACAGCUAAUGGCCAAUUCACUGUAUUAAAUGGCUCUUUUUCUUUGGAAUUGGUCAGUGAGAGAAACUGGAAAGUGAACAAACUGAAACUUUAUUAUGCACCCACAAAGGAGCACAAAUAA